UUAACAACGGUCACUCUAAAAGAGACGGAAAACAAAGUCGGACGUUGAUGCGCGUCGCUCCCGAAGAACAGUUAAUUUGUGGACGCUUUUUCGCGAGUGCAGACAUAAAUAAAAGCGGCGUGUCUUGCUCCGUUCCAGACUGGAUUACAACCAAUUAAUACUGAUAUCCCGAGUGAAUAGUUUGCAACAAACAAGUGUUGUCCUGCGUCGACGGGGAAGUGUUGAAUGGACAGUCGCGUCUAACAGAAAAAACAAGUACACACAACACAGCCAACAACGAAUGCACAUAAACAAGACGAGCCAGCGACAGCCAACGCAGAAUCGAGUGAAAACCUAUUUUAAAGCGCCGAGCUAUAUUUAUUUUGUUGACGCUCAGGAUUUUCGGUGUUCGCAUCUGAAUGUCUGCGAGUGCGUGUGAGUGCGCGAGUGGCAGUGUGUGGGUUGCAUACCGCGGCGAGUGCGAAUAACUGCAAUUGCAAUAGAGAGCAGACACAUACACACAUAAUUGGAUUAUGGCCACACGGCAAUAAGAACGGAAAAGGAGAGAGAGCGAAAAGGGGGGAGAGAGCAGUCGCCAAACCAAACGGACUUCCAACUGCGAGCGCUUCCAGUGCAGCUUCCACAACUGCAACGUGCCAAGAAUAUCGGAGAAGAACAAUCCAGUACAUUCCAAAUACCAAGAAUAUACAAUCGACCAUCCAAGUACACAAAUUUCUAUUACGAAGCAAGCAACAGUCAUCGAUGAUAGUUGGUUCUCACAUUUUUUUACUGUUUCAAAAUUUUGAAAGUUGUCAAGCUCGGACCUAUGGGUCCGAUAAAUGUUUUGUGCUCCGUUCCAUAAACAAACACUCAAAAAUAGCAUCCGUAGAACAUAUCGUGCCCGUCUCUCUCUAACCGUCGCGUUAACCGCCAAUCUUUGUGUAUCAUGAGCCCGACCAUGCUGUAGUUGGAGCUCCACCAUCAGCCAAUAACUACACAGAUCCCACUUGAAACGCAGAGAGAUCCCGUCCGAUCCCCUUCCGAUCCACAAGCAGGCAAGGCAAGGUCGUCGUCCAACGACAGAAACAAACCAAUAUUACACACACAUCCGGAUACGACAGCAUCAUACGUCGUAGCUGAUAAACAUGAGCCUGAAUCAGCACAGUGGCCCCGGUCCGCCGUCGGAGGUCUGCGGACUAUCGGUGGACCAGGUGGACUCCUCGAUGACCGCCGCCGCCGCCUCGCCCUUCGUCUGGCCCAGCACAGCGGGUAUGUGCAGCACCACCACCGCAUCAUCAGCAGCAGCAGCAGCUUUCAAGGGAACAUCCAAUGGAGAUGCCAUCGCAGAAGCUCCCGUGAAACAUCAGCCGCUCCACAACGGCGGAUGGAUCGGGAACGGUCUGCCGCCGGCGCCCGUGACGCGGACCAUAUCAUCGGAUCGCCUGGUCACCGGCAGCUCGUGUCGGGCGCUGCGCACCGCCGUCUCAGCAUUAUACUCCGUGGAUGACUUCGUCAAGGAGAAAAUCGGAUCGGGAUUUUUCUCGGAGGUUUACAAGGUCACACAUCGUACAACCGGCCAGGUGAUGGUGCUCAAGAUGAAUCAGCUGCGGGCCAACCGACCCAACAUGCUGAGGGAAGUGCAGCUCCUGAACAAGCUCUCCCAUGCGAACAUAUUGAGCUUCAUGGGCGUCUGCGUGCAGGAGGGCCAACUGCACGCCCUGACCGAGUACAUCAACGGCGGCUCCCUGGAGCAGCUGUUGGCCAACAAGGAGGUGGUGCUCAGCGCCACGCAGAAGAUAAGACUGGCGCUGGGUAUAGCGCGCGGCAUGUCCUACGUCCACGACGCGGGCAUCUUCCACAGGGAUCUGACGAGCAAGAAUGUACUUAUACGCAAUCUGGCCAACGAUCAGUAUGAAGCCGUUGUGGGUGACUUUGGUCUAGCCGCAAAGAUACCAGUCAAAUCUAGAAAAUCACGCCUGGAGACCGUCGGCUCACCGUAUUGGGUUAGUCCGGAAUGUCUGAAGGGUCAGUGGUACGACCAGACGAGCGAUGUCUUCUCAUUCGGCAUUAUUCAGUGCGAGAUCAUAGCCCGCAUCGAAGCGGAUCCGGAUUUGAUGCCCCGCACUGCGUCGUUUGGCCUGGACUAUCUGGCAUUUGUCGAGCUGUGUCCCAUGGAUACACCCCCUGUGUUUCUACGCCUGGCCUUUUACUGCUGUGUGUACGAUGCUAAGAGCCGGCCCACUUUCCACGAUUGCACCAAAAAGUUGACUCUGCUGCUGGAGAAGUACGAGCACGAGUCGUCGACGGGGGCGAGCCCACUAAGCUCCCUGGAGCUGAUCAACUGCUCACCAGGAGGCAGCGAUUCGGAGAAUGUCGCGAUGAAUGUAACUCCGCGGGCCACAGCACUCACGGUGGCCACUAUUUGUACUGCUCCAGCGGGCACUCUAACGCCUCGCCAUCUGAGAGAAGUGGAUGAGGACGGCUUUCGAUUCCCGAGUAAAAAGUCCGCAUCGGCUGCGCUGCCGGGCACACCAAAUGGAUCCGCCGGAAGCAAUGGCUUCGAUGAUCACAUACUGAAGUCUAGAGUGCGACGAGCCACCCAGAAACUGGAAGCCGAGAUCCUGCUGCACCGGCGCUCGCUGAGCGAGAACAUCAUCCACUUUCCCAUGCACACGUCGCCCAGUGACAAGGCGCGAUGUCAUCAAAUGCAGCGCCAGCGAUCCUCCACCCACUCACCGACGCCGCCCAGGCAGCUGGCUUCCGUUCAAUUGCCCGCCACGGCUAUUCCAGAACCGCCGCCACUUCCUCAGCCUGUUCCCGCGGUUCUUACGCUGCGCAAAGUGGGCGAAACGAUGUGUCUGAAGGAUCCACAGUACAAGCCUACUUCUGAAAAGGAUCAUAACGGCUCCAAACCUAAUCCGUUCGAAGCGCUGGCGCAGCUGCGAGGCGUUAAGAAGAUCCUAGACGCCAAUCCAAAAACCUAUGCAGCAGGAGUGGGAGAUCUGUUCAGCUCAUGCUUUGAGACGCUGGCGCCUUUCUUUAAGGAGCUGGCAGCCAUGCAAAGCAAGGUGGUAGGCCAGGGAGGAGCAGCGAGUACGGAUGAGGCGGCAGCAGGAAAACCUGCUGCAGCGGCAACGUCAGCGACGCCCAGUGAACCAAAGAGUUUGCCAGUGUCGCCGCAUAUGACGCGCAAGUACAGCGCCAUUGAGCUCCGGCUACCGCAGCGGAUCAGCAAUGCUGCUCCUCCAGUUACCAGUGCGAAUGCGCCAUCACCAGCAACACCAUUGCCAGCGGAUGAGGAUGACUGCGAUGAUUGCAACUCGGAAGGGGAGGAUCCCGAUGGCGGCGGCAACUGUGCGGACGCGGAGUCCAGCAGUGAUGACAGUGCUGUGCGUCCGGCCACCGUCCCUACGGCUCGAAAGUACCGUGCGAAUUCCUUGUACACACAUCCCCUUUUUCGUGGUCCCAAUGGCACCAGCAUGAAAAGCACCAGCACCAGUGAAUUUGAAAGUACAGCUCUGCUUAAAUCGAGCGCAUCCACCAUCACAUUGACUGCCUCAGCGGGUGCGUCCAAUUCCUGCGAGGAUCUGACUGAAAGCGCCAAGAAAUCCAAAGACCAAACGAGUUGCGGUGCAGCCGCCACGGCCCUGGCGUCACCCACUCCCAUGUCCGGCUGCUCAGCAAGGUUGGUGGAAACCCCGGCUUCCGUGUCGUCGUGCACCGACCUCGAGCUCGACGAACUGAAGAAUACCUGCGAUCUAAGUGAGCUGAAGAACUCGUGUGAGCAGCUCCCCUUGAAGACGAACCUCACGAGACGGGACUCCAUAGAAAGUGGGUUCUUCUCGUGCUUCAACGAGGAGUCAGAUGCAGCGAUAACCAACAACAGCUUUGGACGACAACUGAACGGUAUCGGGUCGUUGGGGUUUGGUUGCGGCGGCGGGGGCAACAGUAGUAAUUGCUGCUACGAAAAGUUGAAGACGCAGUUAAUGCUCGAUGCAUGUGCCAGCGCAGAUAGUGAAAUCAACGAUAAACUUGCGAGUCUGUGUCGCUGCUGCUACUACGCCACCUCAACAUCGAAUGCCGCCGUAACUGCUGCCGCUGCUGCUGCCCAACAGCAACAGCAAAGCCACCUGCUCAACGACACAUCCUCGACUUCAUCGUCUGUGCUGCUGAUCGACAACGAUCCGGCCGUGAUCGGGGGAAAUACCUCAUCGUCCACAGCGCUUGACUCCAUGGAUGAUCUGGACGCAGAUAUGGUGGCUACGCGGCCCACCCACCAGCGAAGAUACACCUGUCAUCAUGCGUUAAUCAGCGGAAACGGCAGUGAUUCCCAAAUGGCGGCCACGGCGGGCCUGAUCAAUCGGCUGGCCCUAGACUCGGAGAUCCAUACGCUUCUGCAGCGCAGUCCAUUUGCAACGAAUCAACUGUUGUACUGUAAGAACCGCACCUCGUCCAUCUACACCGACAGCUCCGAUGACAUAAGCAGCUUGGCGGGAUCCGAUUCCCUGCUAUGGGACGACCGCUCCUUUACGGCACUGCCCAGUACGAGAUCAGCUCAGAUUGCCAAGAUAGUGGAGUACUUUGAGCGGAAGCGACAAGACUCCUCGCCGCCCUCGGUGCACCAUCGCAAUGGAAACGGCACUGUGGCCGCUGCAGUGGCUGCCUCGGCACUGGGAUCCAACUACCUCUCGUACGAGUCGCGCCGCUACUCGGAUUUCAAGCGGCACCUGAACGCGGAUGCCCUGUGCUUCGAUCUGGACAAGAAGCCAGCGCAGCAAAGGAUGAUGGUGUGCGAGGGUGCGGUCAAGUCCAAGCUUCCCAUAUUCGACAAAAAGAAGCAACAGCAGGGCGGCUAGCAGAGAUUGUGUUACGGAAACCCAGACCUGAUUCACAUUUAAUUUAUUUGUUCAGUCGCCUUAAGACUUAGUUAGAUUCUGUGAGAUUUGUAUCCUCCAUAUCCGAUUCCUUUAUACCUGGCAGUACCACUUGAUAAUACAAAAAUAAUCGCAACUUAGUUUGCCCACAAAACUUGGAUAGUUUCCGAUGCCUACAAGUUUAAUUUAUAAGUUUAUAAAUAAUUUCCUUAUGUCCUGUGUAUAGAGCGCAAUUGCAAAUAAGCCAAAAUGUUCUACUAAAAAUUAAGCAUGCCCUUUACAAUAAGAGAAUCAAUUUCGUUUGUAUUAGUUGAAAAAUUGUAUCUAAUUACCAUUUAUAAACAUAAUCAUAUGUCGUACUGGUUCCUAGUCCUUCAAAUUUACAUCGCUACAUAUAUUAUGCUAAAUUAGCGAUUAUUCAGAAACCAAUCAUGGAAGUAUUUAUUCUUAAUAAUUAAACCUGUCGCUGGAAAACUACGAAAUGGCCUAGCUGUUCUUUAUAAAUACAUUAACAUAUAUUAUUAAAUUUAACGCGCUAUUUAUUUGAUUGUGUUUAAACUCUGUAUAAAAAGAUUAUGUUUAAAUACAAAUAUACAUACAUAUACACAUAAAAUGGCAUAUUGCAAUACAUACAUUUUACCUGUAACCAUUAACUACCACAUAAGGUCAAAGUUAAAUAUCGAUGUAGACUUAUCAACUUGAGGUUUUAAGACUUGGACUUUCCCCUCGAAAAUUGUACAGAUGAUCCCGGAUCAGAUCGAGAUGGAAGACCAUUUAUCAUUGGCCAAUCCCGAUUGGUUUAACCGCGACUUAGGACUUUAGUUGUAGUAUCUGCAUUACAAAUAAAUACAUACGUAUACAUUAAACCCAGCAGAUCAAUAUCAUAGAUUGGCUGAUUUCAGAUUUUAUGAAAAAUGUAUUAUGGGACAUGACUUAUUGUUUUACUUAUUUAUUGUGUGUCCUUUAGAAUUGAACUUACAUAUACGAUUAAUGCAAUUCGGCUGCAAUUAUACUUCAAUUAUUACACGUAUUGAAAGAGCAAGGCGAAGACUGAGCCAUCGUUUUUCAAUUGGCUAGUAGUUUCCAUUUUACCGAUUAUAGGAAAAUAUAUCCGAAAAUUGAAUAUUUAUCAAGAAUUCAUUAGAAAGUAAUGGCUCCAACUGAAGCAUCUUACUUUACCAACUUAGACACUGUUCAACAGAAAAUUGUAUUAAGAUAAUUGAGACUUCCGUGGCAGCUGUAAAUAAAGUACGAAUUGUGUACAUAAGAAUCAGCAGUAUAGUAAAGAUUGUUAAGAAAUGUAAGUCGUCCAUUUGAGCAUAACACGUCAACCUCAUUGCAUCGUCUUGUUAAUGGGUUCUAAUAAAGCCAAACAUUAGAGAAUCAUGAAUUUAAAAUUCAUUUCCGGUUGCCAAUCAAAUAUUUUAAUGCACUUACCGACCUGGGUCGAUCAUGAAUAAGUAUUAUAUAUAUAUUAUUAUCAACAUUGAAAUCGCAGUCCAUCCCAGACACAUGAACGAAAUUAGUUUCGGCUUUUAACAGAAGUUAAAACAAAGUAAAUCUUAAUUCGAAGAACGAAAACCUGUCAGCAAACAAAUAAUUUUGUAAAACUGUAAACUGAAUUAUUGUACUCGUAUAAUAAAGAUACUGAUAUAGUAAAA